AGUUUACAGUAAUACAAGAAUGGCGCCUAUAGUGUUUGGUGCGAUUGCGGGAUGGCAGUCAGUUCUCUUGUGCCUGUUGUUCGCAUGUAUAUACGUCGGAAGUUUGUAUAUUUGGACAGACGCAUUACAUAAAAACAGAGAUGAUCCAGUAACGAUCAAGAGAAGAUUUAUGAGUGUUGGUGUUAUAUCUGUGAUCAUACCACUGUUAUUGAGGUGCUUUGGAACAUACUCGGAGAGUGAAGAGGCCCACGACUUGGUGGUGUGGCUCGGUGUGAGAUUCCAUGGAUUCCUGCCAGCGUUGCUGUUUCCAUUAGUCCUUACAAUGAUCCUGUUCCUGGGACCUUUAGGACUUCACUACAUGGACGGAGUGUUCCGAAUCUAUCUUGAACCCAGGUACUGGACCAAUAGUUUACAGAACUUAACAUGGAUCAGGAAUCACAUUGUGGCACCUUUUUCCGAGGAAUUCAUCUUUAGAGCGUGCAUGUUACCAUUACUAGUACCUUGCUUUGGCGAAGGAUAUUCUGUGUUCAUCUGUCCACUUUUCUUUGGAGUUGCACAUAUACAUCAUAUGAUUGACAGGGUAAUACAGGGCCAACAGAAAGUAGGAGACGCUAUCAAACAAACAGGCUUUCAGAUGUUCUAUACAACCAUGUUCGGAGCGUAUUCAGCUUUCCUAUUCUUAAGAACAGGUCAUCUGAUAGCACCAGUGAUAGCCCACUCCUUCUGUAAUCACAUGGGAUUCCCGUCGUUCAAGGAGGCCCUCGGCUACCCGAAGCCGACACGUUCCAAGCUCGUUACCUGUUUUGUUAUGGGUCUCCUAUUGUGGAUAGUUCUUGUGUUUCCAGUCACCUCACCAUUCUUGUAUGCCAAUGACGUCUACAGCUUGUAAUCUCUACGACAAGUACCAUAAGUUAUUUAAUAUUUGUUUUUCUUCUGAGUUUACAACUUCUCAAAAUCAUUUUCAUAUCUGUGUGCUAGACUGUGAAGGGGGACAACCGAAAACAUCUCUAAAUGAACUCAUUUAUUUAUGCAGCUCUUAAUGAAGAUUUUUCUUUGUUGACAUUUUGGCAUUUACUAUUUCUCAUGCUUGUAAAUGGUGUGAAAUGAGUUCGGUUGAUAUUCAUUUAAGGUGUGACAAUAUUCCUUGGAAUUAUGAACUUUAAGUGGUUGACGUUUCAUAAAUUUGUAAAUGCUAUGUACAAUUAAUGUACAGAAAAUAUGGUAUUUUUUACACACAAGUCACUUCACAGGAUUUAGUAUCCUUAUAAGAAAUGGUUUUCCUGUUAAUGUUUAAAUUUAGGAAUUUCAAGUGUCCUGUUUGUUUGUAAUUUUUUCACCUCCCAGCAAUAGAGUGAACUUUUUUCCACAAAUUUACAUUAAAGUUUUAAGGUUCAUUAGAUCUAAUUAUCCCUGUUAUUUAUUUUUUGAUUGCAGAAUAUUUACUCAAUGAUGCAUUUGAUAGACUAGCUAUAUUCCAAAGACAUUUCUCAGUUAUAUAGGUUGGUGCUUCCUUUUU